AUGGAAGAGGAGCUGAAGUGCCCGGUGUGCGGCUCGCUGUUCCGGGAGCCCAUCAUCCUGCCCUGCUCCCACAACGUCUGCCUGCCCUGCGCCCGCACCAUCGCCGUGCAGACGCCCGAGCGCGAGCAGCACCUGCCCGCCUUGCUGCAGCCCCGGGCCCCAGGGGCGGCGGCGGCGGGGCCCGGGCCCGGGCCGGCGGCGGGCUCGGAGGCUGAGUGCGCCGCGGGGGGCGGGAGCGGCGGCGGCGGGGAGCACGCGGACAAGCUGAGCCUGCACAGCGAGAGCGACAGCGGCUACGGCUCCUACACCCCCAGCCUCAAGUCCCCCAACGGGGUGCGGGUGCUGCCGCUGGGGCCGGCCCCGGCCGGCUCCUCCUCGGCGGCUCUGCCCCGCGGGGCGGGCCCCAGCUCGUCCCUCACCUGCCCGCAAUGCCACCGCAGCGCCUCCCUGGACCCGCGCGGCCUCCGCGGCUUCCCGCGCAACCGGCUGCUGGAGGCCAUCGUGCAGCGCUACCAGCAGGGCCGGGCCGCCGCCAAGUGCCAGCUCUGCGACCGCAGCCCGCCCGAGGCCGCCGCCGUGGCGUGCGAGCAGUGCGAGGUGCUGUACUGCGCCGCCUGCCAGCUCAAGUGCCACCCGACCCGGGGGCCCUUCGCCAAGCACCGCCUGCUGCCCCCGCCCAGCCUCCCGGGCGGGCCCGGCAAGGCGGCGGCGGGUGCCCGCAAGUUGCCCACCUGCGCCGAUCACGAGCUGGAGAACUACAGCAUGUACUGCGUGAGCUGCGCCACCCCCGUCUGCUACCAGUGCCUGGAGGAGGGCAAGCACGGCCAGCACGAGGUGAAGGCCCUGGGGGCUAUGUGGAAACAGCACAAGACACAGUUGUCUCAGGCUUUAAAUGGUGUUUCAGAUAAAGCAAAGGAAGCUAAAGAAUUUUUGGUUCAGCUGAAAAAUAUAUUACAGCAGAUACAGGAGAAUGGGUUGGAUUAUGAAGCUUGUCUGGUUGCUCAGUGUGAUGCCCUGGUUGAUGCAUUAACUCGUCAAAAGGCAAAACUGCUCACAAAAGUUACCAAAGAGCGUGAGCACAAAUUAAAGGUUGUUUGGGACCAAAUAAAUCACUGUACUCUGAAGCUACGUCAGUCAACAGGGCUUAUGGAAUACUGUCUGGAAGUAAUCAAAGAAAAUGAUCCCUCUGGUUUUUUACAGAUUUCAGAUGCUUUAAUCAAACGUGUUCAGGUGUCUCAGGAACAGUGGGUCAAAGGAGCCUUGGAACCAAAAGUAUCAGCUGAAUUUGACCUGACUCUGGAUAGUGAACCUUUACUACAGUCAAUUCACCAGCUGGAUUUUAUUCAGAUGAAAUGUAGGGUUCCCAUUACAGUGCCACCAGUCCCAUUACUGCAGCUGGAGAAGUGUUGUACCCGAAACAACAGUGUGACACUGGCCUGGAGGAUGCCACCCUUUACCCACAAUCCAGUGGAAGGGUAUAUCUUGGAACUUGAUGAUGGAGAUGGCGGCCAAUUCCGAGAAGUGUAUGUUGGCAAGGAGACCCUAUGCACAAUUGAUGGCCUUCAUUUCAACAGUACCUAUAAUGCAAGAGUCAAAGCUUUUAAUUCAUCAGGAGUUGGUCCUUAUAGCAAGACAGUUGUUUUACAGACAUCUGACGUGGCCUGGUUCACCUUCGACCCCUCUUCGGCCCAUCGGGACAUAGUCCUAUCGAAUGACAACCAGACUGCCACUUGUAGUAGUUAUGAUGAUCGUGUUGUUCUGGGCACAGCGGCCUUCUCCAAGGGAGUACAUUACUGGGAACUGCAUGUGGAUCGUUAUGAUAACCAUCCAGAUCCGGCUUUUGGAAUUGCCAGAAUUAAUGUGGUCAAGGACAUGAUGCUAGGAAAGGACGACAAGGCGUGGGCCAUGUAUGUUGACAACAACCGCAGCUGGUUCAUGCAUUGCAAUUCUCAUACAAGUCGGACAGAAGGGGGUGUUUCUAAAGGUGCCACUGUGGGCGUUCUCCUGGACCUAAACAAGCACAGCCUGACCUUUUACAUAAAUGGGCAGCAGCAAGGACCUUCAGCAUUUGAAAAUGUGGAGGGUGUCUUCAUGCCUGCAUUAAGCCUCAACCGAAAUGUACAGGUGACUCUGCACACAGGACUGGAGGUGCCACAGAGUUGUGACUGCAGUGGCUUUUGGUCUCACAAAUGGGAGAACUCAUUUCAGUUACCAGCAACAAUCACCUUCUGAAAAGGGAGCAGAGGAGAGUCCAGUGAAGUGAUCACAGAUGUUUCUUUAAAAAUGGUAUACACAAAAUAGACUGUGUUGGGAAGAGGAGUGAUACUUUAUAGCCUUGAUCCUGACAGGUGCUGAGCAUCUGCAGUGCCCGUUGACUUCCCUGGGAGCUGUGGAUAGGCAACAUCUCUUGGGAUCAAAGGUCUUAAUUUUCUACUCAGCUGGGAUGAACUAAUUAAGGCCCUGAUCCAGCAAAGCACUUAAGCAUGUGCUCAAAUGCUUUGCUGAACUGGGGCCUAAGAAUCUUGUAGGUUUUGACUUUAUCCUGCAACUCAGGAAUUUUGUGGUCACCUGAAACAUAUGAAAAUGAGAAGCCUUGUCAAAUGGCAUCCACAAAAGUAAGCAACUGAUUGGCCACUGAUGGUUUCAAUCCAUGGCAAUACUAGACAGCACCUUUGCCAGCAGUAAAUAUUUUGAUUCUCAAUUUCUUUCUCU